AUGGCUUGGCGCACACCUGCUGUAAACACCAUGGCUACAGGAUCUAACAUCCCAAAUCCAGCACCAGUCCCAAACCGUGCCUAUGAUCCCAAAGACCGAGUCGAUCCCCUUCAUCUUCACCCAAACGAGAGCCCCUCAUUGCAGUUUGUGACUGCUCAGUUGGAGGGAAGGUCCAACUACCACCCAUGGGCCAGGGUGAUGGAGAUAGCCUUAAGGUCGAAGAACAAGUUGGUCUUUGUGGAUGACACCAUGGCAGCUCCGGUCAAAACAGAUCCUAGAUACUUCUAUUGGGACCAAUGCAAUACCAUGGUCUUGUCAUGGAUUCUUAGAGCCGUUUUACCUACGAUUGGAAGAAGUGUGCUAUGGAUCAACAUAGCAAAGGGAAUCUGGAAGGAUUUGAAGAAACGGUCCAGUCAGCAGGACGUCUUCCGCAUUGCUGAAAUACAAACAGAAAUAUAUCAGAUUAAGCAAGGUAAUUCAUCUAUCAACGAUUAUUUCACUCAAUUGAAGCUGAAUUGGGAUGAAUUAUCUGUGUUAAGACCAACACCUUCUUGCGAAUGCUCACCAAGCUGUGAGUGUGGUAGAAAUGUGUCUGAAAAAGUUAGGGCACACCUUGAAAAUGAUAUGCUGUCAUCCUUUUUAAUUGGAUUGAAUGAGAAAUUCUCCAACACUAAACGCCAGAUAAUGUUAAUGAAACCUUUACCUGAUGUUGGAGAAGCGUUUGCCAUGGUUUCUCAACAAGAAAGGUCUUUCCUUGGACAAAAGCAAAAGCCAGUGUGCAGCUAUUGUGGAUACACUGGACACACAAUUGACAAAUGCUACAAAAAGCAUGGAUACCCUCCAGGCUGGAAAUCAAGAAACAAGAACUCAGGGUCUGUCAAUCAAGCUCAGGCAGUUCUACAAGAGGAAGGGACUUCACAGAGUAUCCCUUCUAUCCAUCAAGAAGAUUUUAGAAGAUUUUUGGAAUUCAUGCAGUAUGAGAGGGUCAACAACACUCCUCUCAGCAUUGGUCCUCAAGCUAAUGCCAUAGCAGCAAGCUUUGUUCCAGACAGCAGAUUGGAAGGUAAAGUUGCUAAUCCUAGUUGCAACAAUUUGACAAAAUCUGGCCCAUUGUGGAUCCUUGACAGUGGUGCCACACAUCAUAUUGUAUGCAAUAUGAAUCUAUUACAAAAUCCCAUAAAGGUUGAAGGAAUUCUUUUUGAUUUACCUAAUGGAAGUCAGGCACAAGUUUCCCACACUGGGACUGCUCAGUUAUCUGUGGAUAUGGUGCUGCUGAAUGUGUUAUGUGUACCUGUUUUUCAGUAUAAUUUAAUAUCACUGGGUGAGCUGACUACUAGAUCAAGUUGCCACAUAUUGUUUCAUUCUAAUAAGUGCAUUAUACAGGAUCAACACCCUGGGAAGAUGAUUUGUAUGGCUGAAUUGAAGAAAGGACUCUACCAGCUCAUGUUUCCUGUUUUAAAUCCUUGUAUACAUACUGUCAAUCUUUGA